GGGACCGCGCCCCGCCAUCUUGCCCCCGAGCCCGCAAUCCCCUCCAUCUGCACCCUUCAAUCAGCCGCACGCCAUGCCCCCGCCUGCCCCGCCCCCGCGACACCCUAGCCUCCAAACCUCGUCCGCUCCUCACGAGAUUCCCACCCCCCUUACGUUCUCUCCCCACGCCGCCAUCUGCACGGCUCUGGCAUCCUAUGCUGGUCUCCUCCAGCCUCGCGGGCUCCUCUACCCCAACCCUCACCACAGCGUCGCACGAUGACCUCGAAGGGGCACGCUGCGUCACUCCUGCGUCCUCUCCGGAGCCGACCUGAACGCCGACGUCGCCCGUCCCAUCUCCCUCUCUCUAGGAGGACACCUCGGUGGCCAACACGAGCUGCCCUUCUCCAGCUCUGCCCCCUAGUACGCGCCGAUGUCGAGUUCAGACCUGAGGAUGCCGACAUGUCAAAUCGAGAAUUCUUGUACCAUAUACUGGAGGAAGUCAUAAAAGUUGGGGCAACCACUCUUAAUAUCCCAGACACUGUCGAAUACACUCUUCCUUAUGAAUUUGGGAAGUUAAUUUCUGACAUAAAGGAAAACACUCUUAGAAUUGAAAAUGCCAUCAUUUCCACUCAUUGCCAGAAUGGCCUUGGCCUUGCAACUGCCAACACAUUAGCGGGUGCUCAUACAGGAGCGCGACUGUUAGAGGUGACUAUUAAUGGUAUUGGUGAAAGAGCUGGAAAUGCUUCAUUGGAAGAGGUUGUCAUGGCAAUUAAAUGUCGUCAGGAGCUCUUAGAUGGUCUAUAUACGGGAAUAAAUUCCCAACAUAUUACUUUGACAAGCAAAAUGGUACAAGAGCACAAUGGACUUCAUGUACAACCACAUGAAGCUAUUGUUGGUGCCAAUGCCUUUGCCCAUGAAAGUGGAAUUCAUCAGGAUGGAAUGCUUAAAUAUAAAGGAACAUAUGAAAUAAUAUCCUGAUGAUAUUGGUUUAACACGUGCAAAUUAAUUUGGUAUUGUUCUUGGGAAACUCAGGUAUUAUGCAACCUACCCAUACCCUCUUGAUUUAGACUUCAUUUUCUCCAAUAUUCUACUGUGAUGUCUCUCAAUUAGAUUUCUCUUACCGACUUUCUACUUUUUACUUUUGUUUGAUGGCAUGCAUCCUCUAACUAAAGAGCCAUAAAUGUUAGAUUUGAAUGCUAUGUAUUUGGCUACAAAAUAGGUAUUAACUGUUGGCGAUGUUCCUAUUGGUAGUGUUACAAAAGUAUUGGUAGUAGGGUAAUGAUGUAAAUCAUUACACUUAAGUCAUGUCACAGGCAUAUAGCCUCUGAUUCAGUAAUUAUGCAAUGAUAUGCUAUAUAGGAUUGGAAACGAGCUGAGCGGCUCCGCUCGGUGCGACUCGAUGGCUGAUCGAGAUCGGUUUGGCUCGUCCAUUGCACGAGCUCAAGAAUGAAGCUCGGUUCGGCUCGAAGUGGGCUCGCGAGCCGUACCCUGGUAAAUAUUAUUGUAUUAUAGAAUAAUAAAUUAAAAUAUAUCAAUGUGAAAUAUAAAAUCACCCUUCAAUAUUAUGAGUAAUCUCUACUACUACUUAAGUGUCAUAAAUGUUUGACAUACCAUAAUUUGUUGAUUUUGGGGACUAGAAGGGUAUAGACCUCUACUACUUGCGAAGUCAGCAAACAAUGUAGUCGUCUAGGGCAGCUUCUCAAGCAAUUCCCCAGGGAUCUCUUGCCUCUCAAGAGAGCCCAUCUCAUCUGCUUCGAUAUGGGAAAGCCAGAUUUGUCCCUAAAAUUCGUUCAAGUAAGCCAAAUGGGGUUCCUAUGUAUUUAUGGGCUUCAAAUUUUGAGCUUGACUGAAGGAAGUUGAAGCCGAUGUGGCAUUUCUUUUUCGCUUGAGGUACUUGUGUUGAUUCUUCCCAAGGAAUAUCAAUAAUGUCAUCUUUGUAUCAAAGGUAAGAUCCAAAUUGCUGAGAGUAUUAUAUGUCAAUUGUUCCAUAACUGCACGAUUGUCUCUUGUUAAAGAAAUAAUGUCUAUUUGUGUUCCUUUUCAUCGUUUCCUGUGAACAUUUUUAUUGUGCCAAAUUGGUGCAUUGCAAAAGCUUGCGAAUGUACCAAUAAUAUUUUUUUUAUCAACCCAGCACCCUGCCACCCGCUUUUAUCAGGCUCUUUUGUUCACUGGAUUUGUGGUACUCAUUGCUUAUGAUGUUUUGCUAAAGAAUCCUGAUCAGAAUUUCAUAUAUGGCAAUGCUUGCCUUCCAUUUGCUUGAGCUUGGACGGAUAUAUGAAGCUGAGAGAGCUGCUCAAUAAAAAUGACUUCUGGUCACAGCAUAAUGUAUGUCCUUGAUGUGGUUGUAGUUAGUUUCAGUUGUGAAAAGCAUAUCAUAGCAGCCUUUGAGCAGAUUAAGUCUUUAACGACCAGUCAGGCACCAAUGCUAAUUGUUUCUAGGUUCUUGAGGAUGGGGUUGUGUGAUUUUACCUAUCUAUCGUGUUGCUUUAGAAGUAGAUGUGAUUGUGUUUACUUCAAGAAUGUUCAUACAAUGUAGUAACUUAUUCUUACAUGAUCAAAUGUUUACAGCUGACUGUACUAGAAGGUUCCUUUUGCAACCUCAAUUUGAGAUUUAAGGGAGGAUUACCACCAGAGGCAGUAUACAAUAUCAUAAUUGAUCCAAAGAAUAAAAGGGUGUUCAUGAUUAGUAAUGUGUGUACAUGUGUGCUUUUACUAUUCAGAUUUAGGCAUGAUUUUUUGAGUGUCUUUGUGUUUACUCUUUCAUGGGAACAUUUGUACUGUGCCAAAUUGGUGCGUUGCAAAAGCUUGUGAAUGUAUCAAUAAUAUUUUUAUCAACCCAUCACCCUGCACCCUCUUGUAUCAGACUCUUUUCUUGUUAGAGUAGUUGUUGCAUUCGUCUUGAUAAAGAGAGAUCAAUGAAAAGAUGCACUGCGAGAACACUAGACAACACUAGCCAUCCAAUUCAUUCCCUUCGAAUGAAGUUAAAGGUGGGUUUAUAUGACACUCUAUUCCUAAUUUGAUGUCUUGGUUUAUAUUGUGAUAGGCUCAUGGUUAUACGAUUGAAGUGGAUUGUUUUUUAUUUUUUGAGCACCCAUUUUAUGUUUUUCAUUACAGCUAUGUAGGUUUUUGUACAAUACUCCCUCUGUUUCAAAAUAGUAGUUGUUUUAGCUCUAGAUUUUUAUGUUUAUAUUCAUAUGUAUGAUAACGAAUCUUGACACAUAUAUAGGACACAUACACUAAAAAGGUAAAACAAAUUUUAAUUUUGGACGGAGGGAGUACUUUAUAGUGGUUCUGGCCUUCUUGACACCAUGGUGAAGCUAACAAUGAUAGCUCGUGUCACUAAUGGAUGUCCACUAGCAGAAGGGUUGGAUGAUGGGCGAGAUUAGAAGGAUGCUGAUUUCUAUAAGCAGCAAGCUAAACUUCUAUUUAAGAACUUGUCAAAAGGGCAUCAUGAAGCUUCACGAAUGUCAACUGAGACAUGGCCCUACUAUUUCCAUUACCCUUGUGCCAUUUAUGAUCCUUAUAUGUAUAUGUAUAUGUAUGUAUGUUUGUGUAUGUGUGUAUAUCAGAAUUAGGCUUGCUUUUACAUGUUGCUCCUCAUAUAGUUCUUUUGUUUGUCUAAUUUCCAGCUAAAGAUGAUGCGUCCAUUUGUAAACAGUUGGGAUUCCACUGUGGCUAUAUAAACUGCUUUAUGUAAUUGUCUAUUUGUGUA